UCAGCGCCUAGAUUCGGAGGGGGGCCAGUGCGCGUGCAUGAAGACCUGUCCAGGCCCGUGCACGUCCACAUGAAAUGCAUCGCUGUGAGCUGCACAAAUUAGAGGCGUUGAGAGCAAUACAUACUUCCAGUCUGAUCGCGCAAUCGCCUUGAUUAUCUUGCAUGAAUCGUGUAAACAGACCAGGUGCACGACUGACUCCGUUGCACGCGAUCCUUUUUCCUCUGCACAGUGCAUCAGGUCAUGUAUGACGGGAGUUUAAAACGCCACGCGCGCCACUUCCUGUCGCACGCGUUCGUCUGCGCGGAGUUCGACGGCCGUUGCGCCACGUCCGCCCGACGUCAGCGCGCGCGUUCGCGCUGUUGAGGAAUUCUUCGGCUCGAGCUGUCAGCGGCCGGUCCCUUGGGGUCGUGCAUGGAGACCUCGCGCUGAAACGACCAACCAAAACCAAAACCACCUCCGCAGACAGAACCACCAGCUCCGUCGAGCUCGAGUUCGGCUGUGUCUGAGUGGCAUGGCAGCAGAAGAAAACGACUGUCCGGAACUCCCGUUGUCCCAGCAGCGUUGUGACCCUGUGAAGUGCUGGGAACUGGAGUGUGUCCUGACCGGCCGCUUCCUGAACUUCGUUGCUGAGCUGAAGGAGCAGUUUGUGUGUCCAGCAUGCAGCGGUGUGGUCCUCAACCCCCACCAGACUGGUUGUGGUCACAUCUUCUGUGCCCAGUGCACCCGAAUGUUCAUUGAAAGCGGUGACACUUCAAAAUGCCCCUUGGAUGGCAUUUUAAUCAAGUCAGAGGAGGUUUUUCAAGACAACUGCUGUAAACGAGAACUAAUAAAUCUAGAAGUCUACUGCAUCAACUCUCCAGCUUGUAAACAAACCGUGACUCUGUGUAACUUGCAAGUCCACCUGAAGACUUGCCAAUAUGAACUCCUGCAGUGUUCCAACCCAGGCUGCACUGACAUUCUGUUACGCAAAAACUUGACGGAUCAUCAAAGAAACCUCUGCCCCUUCCGCACAGAGUUGUGUCGCUCCUGUCAGAAGCCGUAUCCCAUAAGCCAGCUAGUUGACCAUGAAAAGACUUCAUGCCCAGAGGCUGAAAUGCACUGCCCAAAUAAUUGCCCUCAGAUGGUAAAAAGACAUAAGCUUAAAGACCAUGCAGAUGAGUGUCCAGAGGUGGAGGUAGACUGCAUUUACAAGAAAUAUGGUUGUACAGUCAGAGAUAUAAGAGCCAAAGUGAAGGUGCACGAGCACACUGACUUCAGCACCCAUGUGCUCCUUGUGCUGGAGAACAACAGCAAACUAGCUCAGCAGGUGGAGCAGCUGCAGCAGGAAGUGGCCGUCCAACAGGUGGAGACGGAGGAGAGGUGUCUACAGGUUAGCAGCCUCGACAAGAAGGUCUCCUUGGGUGAUAGCACACUUUCCGCAAUACAGAGGUCAGUGGAGGAGCAGAGGGAGCAUGUCUCCAGUGUGAAACAAGACCUGCAGGACCUUCGAGGCGUUCUGGAGGCGGGGCUGGCCAAAGAGGACCUGGCAGUGCUUCGAGAUUCACUGGAUUCCCUUAGACAGCAGGUGGCAAUGACAGAAAGCCUCAGAGAUCACCUGGGCGUGUUGGGACAGACGUGUCAGCGUCAUGCUCGUCUGCUCGACAUCCACGUGGAGCAGCUGCAGUGCACCGAGCGUCGCUUUCGCCAGCUGGAGUCCGCCUCGUACGACGGCAAGCUCAUCUGGAAAGUGCACGACUACCACCGCAAGAAGGAAGCGGGUGCACCCCUCAACUCCCCGCCGUUCUACACCAGCCGCAGUGGCUAUAAGCUCAGCGUGAGGGUGUACCCAGGCGGGGAAGGUACAGGGAUGGGUACACACUUGUCCCUCUACGUCACGGUGAUGAGGGGAGAUUUCGACUCGCUGCUGCCUUGGCCCUUCCGCCAGAACGUCACGCUGACCGUGCUGGACCAGAGCGGGUGCCGGAACCACAUCGACCAAAGCUUCACCCCCGACACGGCCAACGAGAGGUUCCGGAGGCCCACGUCCGACGCCAGCACGGCUUUAGGGUUUCCUCGCUUCGUCUCCCACCGCGACUUGGAAGCUCCACGGAACGCAGUCUAUGUCAGAGAUGAGACACUGUUUAUUAAGGUGAAGGUGGACACGACAGGACUGGAGGAACUGUAGAACGUUCCAGGCAGCAUGGAUGAUGGUGUCCGGUAAUGACCAACAUGCAAAAUAAAUUAUUUUUAUACAUAACAGCAAGCGAAUAAUUUGGUGAUGCCUCAUGAAUAAACCUUAUGCAGCAUGGCACUGUAGGUAUUUUUAAUUAAAGAUUUUUUUUUCUAUUUUUAUAUAUGAGGAAAGAUGUUAAAAAUGACAUUGUGUUUUGUUGUGUAAAGCUGUUCCUAGCAGUAAUACUGUUGCAGUGUUGUAGAUCUUAAAGUGUGUAAGGCUGUCCGAGUAGUAAUAAUGUUGUAGUGUCAAACAUUCUGUUACACAUGUAUGAAUUUUAUAACAUAUAUUGAGCAACAAGAGUUGAGCAACAAGAAAACAGAAAAAUGGUAACCUACAACUUCUAAAUAUAAUUUGCACUUGCCCUUUUCUCCAAAGUGAUUCGAGAUUGUUCCAGCAAGAAGUUUAACAAAGCAAAUUAUGUUUCCCCUUCCACAACUGUGCUAACUGCACAUCCCUCCAACACAGAAAUAAAAUAUGACAAAGCUGUCAAAAA